AUGGUUCCAACUGCCGUUGCUUUACUUCUCUUCUCACUCACGAUUCCUUCCCUAACAUCCGCAACUCCCCUUCGAUUAGUCGGAAGACAAGGUCUAUUCCCACCUUCUUCAGAUAACUCAACUUCGGAGAACAACCAACCUAACAGUGGAAGUAACAGUGGUGGUGGUGGAGGGAUAGCAUUGGAGAUUAUCAUUCCAGUCAUAGUGAUAUUGGUAGCAGCCAUCACAUGUAUAGGAUUGGUCCACUUUCGAUCCAAGCUUCCCAAAUUCUUCAAAUCCCUCACAUUUUCCCUUCCUUCCAGCUCAACCGCUGCCCUCCAACCCAUAUCAACGAGGGAGAGUCUACCUCGGACCGUCACUGCUGAUCAGUUGUCCGGUAACACUACGCCGCUGACCAACGGUAACGCAUCGUCCAUCAAUGAUGGUCCUACACCCAAUACCAAUACUACAGCAGCGGAGAGAAGAGCUAGGAGAGCCAGAGAAAGGGAAAGGAAUGUAAGAAGGACUGAGUCUGGACGGAGUGUGAAGACUUUGCCGGUUUAUAGUAAGGAGGCUGGUGAUGAGGAGUUGGUUCUGGUAAGACAGCGAUCCCAAUCGUCAUUCUCAUCAGGCUCAUACUCUGACGAAGAACUUCAUCCGGAGGAAGGUCUAGAAGGCGAUCUAGAAAGAGGUUUAUUACCUUCACAUCGUCGGUCAACCUCCAUGCGAUCCAAUUCUACUGUUAGAGGCCAUGAAGAAAGCAAUACUCGGGAUAAUGGACUAUCACCUGUCGGAGAAACACGUGAAGAUACCGGACCGGAUACUCGUACACCCUCACUCUCACCUUCGGAUCAACAUCAGCCACUACCUGAUACCCCUUCGCCCGAGACACCUCAACGGAGUGAAUCGCUCGUCAGACGAGAAUCACUAGCUAGAAGAUCAUGGGGUUUGACGCCGACUUAUCUAGAAGCUAUGUCCGCUCCUUUGGUCUAUCCUAGUGCCGCUUCUGUCAAUGAGGAUGUACCGCCACCUCGUAAUUUACGUACGAGGACAUCAUCAACUUUCAGAGGCCUACUAUCAAGAGCGGGAUUCACUCAACAACCAAACCCCUCUUCCGCUCAAAUGAUGGAGAUCCGUAAUGAUCGUAACAGAACUAGGAAUAGGGAAUCUUCCACCUCACUCUUGUUACAACCUACCACUUCCCGAGCUUCAUCAUCCUUCGCAUUUGGUAGAUCUAGGUCACCAUCGACUACCAGCACUCCAUGGGAAUCUACAAAUUCAUUAUUGAUUUCGAGCCCAUUACCCAAUACCGCUAUGAGGGCGUCCUUUGAUUCGACUACGUUACCUCGUGCGGGAUUGUCGGAAGAUCAGAUGAAGUUCUUAGCUUCGAAAGAGGCUAUUAGCGUUGCGGGGAAGAAGAUAGAAGACGUACCGGAGUAUAAGAGGAGGAGAAGAAGUAGGACGGGAGGAGAGGGUUUGAGUGUUGAUGAAGCAGCUGGAGGAAGGAGGAGAGGCUCAUCAACUUCGUUUGAUGUACGAUUGGACGGAGGAGAAGGGGAAGGAGGACAGCUUCCUAGUUGGGAGAUGAGUGAGAAUACUAGGAGGAAUCAGGAGGCCUACGAGAGGAGGAAUUUGAACAGGCCGCCGCCGGGUGGAAUUGAGGAUGAACAGUUGGAUCCACUUGAGAGAGCUGAUCAACCUGAGAGGGAGAAUCAGAAUGAUCAGCGAGGGCCUAAUACACCUACGAACCGGAAUGAGAAUGAAUAUGAACCAAAUGGACUGAUAGAUGAAAAUCACGAACUCGACUUACCUGACGACUCUCAUUUGAAUUCAUCACGAAAUAACGAUUCUGGAAACAUGCAGACAUUCAGACAGAAACCUAUCCCAACACCUAUCAACGUGGGUCGACCCGACGACACUCAUGAUGAAAUAGAAGAUAGUACAUCAUCCAACACAUUCAUGACUGCUCCUGGUACACCUUUGACUUCCGCUCCUACUCCCACAGCCACUGCCAGGACGAAUACUUUGACGUUGACUACCACGCCGAGGCUGGAGGUCGAACCGCCUACACCAGUGGUAUCGACUCCGCCGCCGAGCUUGACGAGGUGA